GAUGCUUACUCAAAGUCCGGACUUUACCGGAAACCUGCCGUCACGCGAAACUUAACUUUAAAAAUGACCAAAUAAAACUGUUUAACAAGUUUCAGGCAAAGUAAUUAGAGUUUCACUUGGAAAAAAAUACUAAAAUUUCCCCAAAAAAAUGAAAUUGUUUUUAUGCCACUUUCACAUCCCGAUACUUUUAAUCUUGUUGCGAGAAUGUCAAGGGGACGAAAACGAGGCCCGUUUGAUGCGACAUUUGAUGACGAACUACGAUGCUGCGGUCAGACCCGCUGAAAACUCUUCCCUACCUCUGACCGUUAUUUUCGGGAUUUCUCUCCACCACAUAAUUGAUGUGGACGAAAAAAACCAAAUUUUGACUACAAAUUGUUGGAUAACGCAAGCCUGGAUCGACCACCACCUCCGUUGGAAUGCCUCAGAAUUUGCCGGAAUUAAAGUCAUCCGCAUCCCUUACACCCGUGUCUGGCGACCCGAUUUGAUUCUCUAUAACAACGCCGACCCUCAAUUUCAGUCAUCCGUAAUCAACACGAAUGUGAUAGUGUCGAGUUCCGGUGAGGUCUUGUGGCUAAGCCAUGGUAUAUACCGCUCGUCCUGCGACAUCAACGUCGAGUACUUCCCCUUUGACCUGCAAAGCUGCCACAUGAAGUGGGCGUCGUGGACUUAUGAUGGCUAUCAGGUCGAACUGGCCAAGCAAACUGAAGAGGGUGAUGUCAGCAACUACCAAGCCAAUGGUGAAUUCGACUUGAUUAGUUUUUCCUCAGUGAAACAUAUCGAAUUUUACUCGUGUUGUCCCGAGCCUUACCCUGAUAUAACCUACACCAUCAAGCUAAAACGGCGCCCUCUUUUUUACGUUUUUAAUUUAAUCCUGCCCUGUAUCCUAAUCAACGGCAUAGCACUCUUGGUCUUUUAUGUUCCUUCGGAAUCGGGCGAAAAAGUAACCCUUGGGAUAAGUGCCCUGCUCUCAAUGACAGUGUUUUUGAUGACGAUACGGGAAACUCUGCCGCCGACUGAAAAAACGCCGCUAAUUAGUAUGUACUAUGGGGUGAGCAUCUGUCUUGUCUCAUUCGCUUCCGGUCUUUCGGUGGUGACCCUCAAUAUUUAUCAUCGAGGAGUUCGAGGCUCAGCAGUGCCAAAAAUCAUAAGAACUGUGGUCUUGGACAAACUGGCCCCUCUCGUUUUUAUGCGUUUCGAGACCAACACCCGACAUCGAAAUUCCCAAAUACAGGAAAUAAAUCCACAAACAGGAACCAGACUGGACUGUCCAUGGCCUUGGUCUGAUAAACUUCCCCAAGAAGAUGGCUAUUGCUUGCAACAACGACAACAAAGGUCGCCUAGGUUUGUCCCAAGGCAUAGGGUAGAGGACUUGGACGCCUUCGAAAACCAGAUCAUAAGAAUCUUGAACAAAGUCCACGCCAGCAUCGACAGAAACGAGCAGCGGCUCACAGAGCAAGACAGAAGAGAACUGACAGAAUUGGAAUGGAAGCAGGCAUCCAUUGUCUUGGACCGACUUUUGCUCGCAGUGUUUCUCCUCAUCACCAUCAUCAGUACGACGACGAUAUUAUGCAGAAGUCCAGCAAACGACUCGGCUUCUUAGUGCAAAUCGUUAAAUUUAUGGACAAAGGUUUGGAAAGAGCUUCCCUGCAUAGCGCAGCAAAUGUGUUCAAUCGCAGAAAGGGAGCCAACGAAAUCGGUUAUCACUUAUUGGUUGUAUCAAUGUGAUAAAUUAAUAAUAAGGCGUACUUUGUCGUGACUAGGUGUACAUACAUUACUCCUAACUUACACGAAACGAAACACUUCUAACGGUCUAGUAACAUUUUUACCGAAGUUAGACAAGAAAAACUUUCGUGUAUUCCAUUCAACAGCUCUGGGACUUUUUGUGGAUACUCUCUAAUUAAAUGAAGUUCACUUUGUUGAAUUCGCUCAAAGCUUUUUCAUUAAUAUCUAGAGAUUUUGUUUUAAAAAAUCACUGAUAUUGUUUCAAUCCCGGCGCAUCCACCAUUUUGACAACCCAACUGCGAAAUUUUACCAGAUUUAGGAUAAUCGAAACACUUAAGAUUUGUCUUAAGCCACCAAAGCUCAUUUUAUGCGAUUUUGUAAAGUACGUCUUGUAAGACGAGAGCAAUUAUUGUAAUAAUGGACAUCAUAACCAGAACGUGCAUUAUAUUGGGAUUAAAACAGACAAAUCUUAGUGAAUUAAUUUCCGCACUUAAUUGGGGACAAAAGUUCAUAAAACCAAUUAACCCGCUUUAAUUUUUGCUUUGAGAGGCCCAAAGACAUUGAUUUGUUGAUUUUAAAGAUAUCAUUAUGCUGCUGUUAUCAUUUUUACCUUUCACUUGUGAAAUGCAAAAAAUCCCUUGAAUUAUUAAUUCGAAAACUCGGUGUAAAAGAAAAUAUUUUAUCUUAACGGCUCAACAAUGCGAUAUGAUAAUUUUAAAUUGCGCGAAUUUAUUUCAGAAUAAUAAAUUACAGCAUAAUUACUUUUGUCCCAUUUUAUUUCAAGAGCUUCAUUACUGUCUAAUGUUACCGCAGUCUUAAGGAGGAAAAAAUUCAAUUCGUUUCAAACGUGACUACGAAUAAAGAACAAAAAACAGUUUUCUGUCCAAGAUACACAUUCUAUCUGUUGGAAAAUAUUCUUGUAUCAAAAUAGCUAAAUUUAUAUCCUUAAAUAAAAACCAGCCACAAAGAGUGACUAUGACAUGGGCUGUGAAAUAUACAACUCGGAAAUCGUAGAUUCACCUUUUGACACAAUUUUUUUUUAUUUAAAUGUAAGAUUAAAACUCGCAGUUUUAAUAACGAUUCCUGUUUAAUCUUUCGCGUGAUUACGUUGUAAAAGAGAGAAUCAAAGAAAAGCAUCUUCCCAAUACGUACAGUACUUUUUCAUUGGACCAGUUUUUUACGCUAAAUGUUCCGUGACCUGUAAAGAAACACACUGAUAGACAUCUAGGGCCAAAAGCUUAUCUUUUUGCCGUUUCAAAAACUUUGGUAAAAGUGUUGCUACGUAAUUGUAAAAUUGAUCAGAAUUAAAUUUACGAUAAAAAAACAUCAUGUAAAUCUUAGUCUAUUUCUAGCUGUUUGUUUUGUAAUACGUUGUAGUAAGCGUUAAAAAAUAAAGCAUUCAAG